CCGCCGUUGCUCUUUCUCGAUCUUUUCCUUUUGUACCAUAUCAAAAUGUUCAAAAAGCCACCUUCGACAGUCAAAUCAUUCAGCCCGUUACGAUCCUCCGAUCGACGACGGUUCCAGAACGAAGCUUAUGAAGCCUUUCCGCACUUGAAGGAAAGGUGCACACAAGAAGGUGCAUCGCCACUUAUGCCCGAUCCGUUGCAGUCUGCAAAGUUUCGGUCACACAUUAACGAGAAUGGUGUGCUUUACGUUGCCGAUGGAAAACCAUUAUGGAUGAAACUCGAGGGUCUCAAGCAACCUGUCGUGCCUACAGUUUACACGCUUUGGCAACAUCCUGAUACUUUACCACUGUUGUAUACCUGGGGCCCGGUUAUUCAUAGACUGACAGAGGGAGCAGAUUUGAUGAUUCCUGGAUUGGUGCUUGGACCUGAAGGGAAGCUUCCCGAUCUGGGAAAAGGUGAUCUGGUGGCAAUUACUAUCAAAGGAUAUCCCUAUCCAUUAGCUGUAGGAACAAUGGCUUUACCAACAAGCGAGAUACGCGUUCGUUCCGGCAUGAAAGGAAAGGCUGUACAUCUCAUUCAUGUGUAUCGCGACCACUUGUGGGCUAUGGGUGAUAAAUCCGACCCGCCUGAAACAGUUGAUAUAUCGGACGAUGGUGAUGAUGAAUACGUGGAAGACGAUGGCGGAGAAAGCAAGCCAAAUGAACUACAAAUCAAGGAUGAUGCAAAAACUGUGCCUGUAGAUGAAACAUCUGAGCCAAAAGAGCACGACGAGCAAGAGGAGGCGAAACCACAGUUGCCAGUGAAGGAGGUCGAUAGUGUCCUGCAUGCAGCCUUAUUGCAAGCGCUCAAAUUCAAGAUUACGUCAGAAAAUUCACAAAGUCAUUUACCCAUCUCGGCAUCAACAUUGUACUCGACGUACAUUUUACCUUGUAGACCCCGCGGACGAGGAUCUGAUGCCGAUAUCAAAGGUUCGAGCUGGAAAAAGGUGCAAAAGUUUUUGAAGGCCAUGGAAAAAACCAAGCUCUUGAAAGUGAAGGAGCAGCGGGGUGAGAUGAUGGUCACUUCAGUGAACUGGAUGCAUGAAAGCUUCCAGGGUCUCGAUUCAUACAAGACAGUGGGAACAAGUUCGGCAACACAGCAACAACAGCAACAGCAGCAGAAAACCACUGCCAAUACCACAAAUAACAGCACCACUGCCAAAUCACCAAACCACAGCACACCCUCUUCUGCGAGGGAGGGCCAAAUUAACGUGGAAGAUGUAUUCAGGCCGCAUGGAAGCCCUGUGCACGUCUUCUUUGAAGCGGCAAAACUAAGCAAGGAGGAAUUAUAUACAUCUAUAGAGAUUCGAAACGCCGUGAUGCAAUAUGUCAAGGAAAACAAUCUCUCAAACCCUCGAAAUCAAAAGAUGGUUCUGCUCGAUGCUAUCUUGAAGGAUGCAAUUCUUAAAAACAAUGAAAAUAAGGAAGAACUUACGCGUGAAGUUAUUGUCGAUAGAUUGCGCGAAAAGAUGCAGCCAUUUCAUUAUGUCACUUUGCCUGGCAAGGAACCUGUACUGCGUAAAGGCACCCCUACUCCCAUCCAGGUCACACAAGAAAUACGGCAGGGGCGCAAGACAAUGACAAAACUGGUGGGCGUGGAGCGCUUUGAUCUUGACGUUGUUGACUUGUGCAAAGAGCUGACAAAGCUGUGUGCUAGCAGUGCAACGCAUAAUCCACUGGCUGGUUCGAGCCCGAAAAAUCCUGUACAGGAAAUCAUGGUACAAGGUCCCCAGAUCAAGAAUGUCUCUACCAUUUUGUCCAACAAAGGUGUUCCAAAGCGAUUGAUCGUCAUAGAAGAUAAAACGGCAAAAAAGGGCAAGGGCAAAAAAUAAAUGU